UUUUUUUUUUUUUUUUUGAGACAUAGUCUCGCACUCUCUCGCAGGCUGGAGUGCUGUGGCAUGAUCUCAGCUUACUGCAACCUCCACCUCCUGGAUUCAAGUGAUUCUCCUGCCUCGCCCUCCUGAGUAGCUGGGAUUACAAGCACACACCACCAUGCCUGGCUAAUUUUUGUAUUUUUAGUAGAGAUUGGGUUUUACCAUGUUGGUCACGCUGGUCUUGAACUCCUGACCUCAUGAUCCGCCAACCUCGGCCUCCCAAAGUGCUGGGAUUAUAGGUGUGAGCCACCAUGCCCGUAAUGGUUGAAAGCUUUUUAAACAUCUAUUGAAAUAACUUUGUGGUUUUUAUCUUUAAUUGUGUUUACAUGAGUAACAUUUAUUAAUUGUAUGUUGAACCAACCUUUUAUUUCAGAGAUACAGCCAAGUUGAUCAUAGUGCAUUAGCUUUUUGAUGUUCUCCUGGAUUUGGUUUGCCAGUAUUUUGUUGAGGAUAUUUUCAUCAAUGUUCAUUAAAAAUAUUGGCCUCAAGUUUUCUAUUUUUUGUUUUAUAUUUGCCAGAUUUUGGUAUCAGAAUAAUGCUAUUUUUAUAGAAUAAGUUGGAAAGAAGUCCCCUUUUCUCAAUCUUUUGAAAUAAUAUUAGUAGAAGUGGUACCAACUCUUAUUUUUACAUCUGGUGGAAUUCAGCUGUAAAUUUUUCUGAUUCUUUGUUGUUUUUGGUGGGUAGGCUAUUUAUUACUAAUUCAAUUUUGGAGCUCAUUAUUGGUAUAUUCAGGGAUUCAAUUUCUUAUUUGUUCAGUCUUUGGAGGAUGUAUCUUUGCUCCAAGGUUACAAUCCUCAAGCUUGGCCCAGAUGAACUCUCUACUUAUAUUCAUGUUGCCUCAGUUUUUUUCUUUUAGGUAGACAUAUUACUUAGAAUGUGCUAGAGCAGCCUCUAUGAAGGGAUCUCUUCUUUGAUUGUACUCGGCUUGCUGUAAUGCCCAAGGAUGCAGAGUCAGGCUAACCCCACCUAGAACCUGCACAUAAGUUCUGGCCUCUGCCUGGGAUUUACAAGACAGGGCCAGACUUUGGAUUGAGAAUGUACUGAAAACCAACAGAAGGCAUUUUCUGUAUUGUGAGAUGUCAGUGUAGAAAUCUUAAAGCCCCCAUUUGAGAGUGUGGCUCUUGAAGCUUUUCAGUCUUGUUCAGUGACCUGCUACAGUAUGUGAGAGGCUCCCGGUGUAAAUAGAAUCUGAUGAUAGAAUCUGUAAGUGUAAACAAGAAUGAGAGAUCAAGACCACAAAGUAUCCAGAGCCAUAACCACAACUAUACCUACUGGUAAUUGUGAUAUUGGAGUAAAGUAUUCUCGUCCUUCUUCUUACCCAAAAGCUAGCAAAAAUCAGGAUAGGUGACCCAGGUUCUGGGGCUCCACCAAGGCCGUUCCAUUUUCUAUUUAGAAUCAGCCUGAGUUUCUCCAGCCUGGCUUAUCACUGGGCCAUCAGCCCUGGGUCACUGGGAAUCCUCUCCUAAUCACCUGGGUGUCCUUAAGACAUUUGAGGAUGUCAAGGGUAGAAUUAUGUCAGGCUAACAAGAAUGAUUAAUUCUGUUUCUGUCUCGUUGUAAGAGAAAGGAGACAUCCUGUGUUUUUUUCUCCCUCAUACAAGAGAUAACUUUGGUUGUUACCCAGAUGAGAGUUUCUCAAGUUUUCUGGUACUAGAGUGAAAGACAAAGAGGAGGUCUGGUGACUCAAACAAACUAAUUGCUUCCACUUCAUAUGGUCAUUCAAAAAAUAGAUGAAGCAGUCAAGGUCCCUACCAUCCAGGAAAUUUUAGUCUAGACUAGCAACUGGAUACAUGGUUGAAUUAAGCAUUAUAUGGUUGGUACAGUGAAUAGAAGUGUGCAAAAAAACCUUGGUCCACUUCUUUUUAAUAUUGUUGUGACUUCUGAAGUUAUCACCUGAAGGUAUAUUUAUGGACUGAAGAGUUGUUAUUAUUAUUUGUGUUUCUUUUACUUUUCUAAGAAUACAUAUUUAUCUUCUAAUAAAAUUAUCCUAGAAAACUUUAAAAGAUCCAUUUAAAUUGCUUAUUAGUAUAUGUUAUAAAAUUGACAGCAGUGGCAAAAAUAGAUUAGUGUUACAUGAACUCUGGGAUUUAACUUUUUUUUUCUUUUUUCUUUUUUAGACGGAGUUUCGCUCUUGUUGCCCAGGCUGGAGUGCAAUGGCGCGAUCUCAGCUCACCUCAACCUCCGCCUCCCGGGUUCAAGCGAUUCUCCUGCCUCAGCCUCCCGAGUAGCUGGGAUUACAGGCAUGCACCACCACCCCGGCUAAUUUUGUAUUUUUGUAGAGACGGGGUUUCUCCAUGUUGGUCAGGCUGGUCUUGAACUCCCGACCUCAGGUGACCUACCCACCUCGACCUCCCAAAAUGCUGGGAUUACAGGCAUGAGCCACCAUGCCAGGCUGGGAUUUAAGUUUUUCUUAGGGGCCGUUGACAUUUAGGGAUGUGGUCAUAGAAUUCUCUCAGGAGGAGUGGCAAUUCCUGGACACUGCUCAGCAAGAUUUGUAUAGGAAAGUGAUGUUAGAGAACUUCAGAAACCUGGUGUUCUUGGGUAUUGAUGUCUCUAAGCCAGAUCUGAUCACCUGUCUGGAGCAAGGAAAAGAUCCCUGGAAUAUGAAGAGACACGGUAUGGUAGCCACACCGCCAGUUACAUAUUCUCAUUUUGCCCAGGACCUUUGGCCACAGCCGGGCAUAAAAGAUUCUUUCCAAAAAGUGAUACUGAGAGAAUAUGGAAAUUAUGGACAUAAAGAUUUACAGUUAAGAAAAGGCUGUAAAAGUGUGAAUGAGUGUAAUGUGCAAAAAGAAGGUUAUAAUGAACUAAACGAGUAUUUGACAACUACCCAGAGCAAAAUAUUUCAAUGUGAUAAAUAUGUGAAAGUCUUUCAUAAAUUUUUAAAUUCAAAUACACAUAAGACAAGACAUACUGGAAAGAAACCUUUCAAAUGUAAAAAAUGUGGCAAAUCAUUUUGCAUGCUUUUACACCUAGGUCAACAUAAAAUAAUUCAUAUUAGAGAGAAUUCUUACCAAUGUGAAGAAUGUGGCAAAGCCUUUAAAUGGUUCUCAACCCUUACUAGACACAAGAGAAUUCAUACUGGAGACAAAUCCUACAAACAUGAAGAAUGUGGAAAAGGUUUUAACCAGUCCACAACUCUUACUAGACAUAAGGUAAUUCAUGCUGGAGAGAAACACUACAAAUGUGAAAAAUGUGGCAAAGAUUUUAAACAGUCCUCACACCUUACUAAACAUAAGAUAACUCAUGCUGGAGAGAAACCCUACAAAUGUGAAGGAUGUGGCAAAGCUUUCUGCCAAUUCUCAUACCUUACUAAACAUAAGAUAAUUCAUACUGGAGAGAAACCCUACAAAUGUGAGGAAUGUGGCAAAGCUUUUAAUUGGUACUCACACCUUACCAGACAUAAGAUAAUUCAUACUGGAGAGAAACCCUACAAAUGUGAAGAAUGUGGCAAAGCCUUUAAUGUAUUCGCAACCCUUACUAGACAUAAGAUAAUUCAUACUGAAGGGAAACCCUACAAAUGUGAGGAAUGUGGCAAAGCUUUUAAACAGUCCUCAAACCUUACUACUCAUAUGAAAAUUCAUUCUGGAGAGAAACCCUACAAAUGUGGAGAAUGUGGCAAAGCUUUCUUCAGAUUCUCAUACCUUACUACACAUAAGGUAAUUCAUACUGGAGAGAAACCCUACAAAUGUGAGGAAUGUGGCAAAGCUUUUAACUGUUACUCCUACCUUACAGCACAUAAGAUGAUUCAUACUGGAGAGAAACCCUACAAAUGUGAAGAAUGUGGCAAAGCUUUCUACCGAUUCAUUUACCUUACUACACAUAAGAGAAUUCACACUGGAGAGAAACCCUACAAAUGUGAAGAAUGUGGCAAAGCUUUCUACCGAUUAUCUUAUCUUACUACACAUAAGAUGAUUCAUACUGUAGAGAAACGCUACAAAUGUGAGGAAUGUGGCAAAGCUUUUAACUGGUACUCACGCCUUACUACACAUAAGAGAAUUCAUACUGGUGAGAAACCCUACAAAUGUGAAGAAUGUGGCAAAGGCUUUAGUGUAUUCUCAACCCUUACUAAACAUAAGAUAAUUCAUACUGGAGAGAGACCCUACAAGUGUGAAGAAUGUGGCAAAGCCUUUAAUGUAUUCUCAACCCUUACUAAACAUAAGAGAAUUCAUAAUGGAGAGAAACCCUACAAAUGUUUAGAAUGUGGCAAAGAUUUCUACCAAUUCUCAUACCUUACUACACAUAAGAUGAUUCAUACUGGAGAGAGACCCUACAAACAUGAAGAAAGUGGCAAAGCUUUUAACUGUUCCUCACAAAUUACUAGACAUAAGAUAAUUCAUACUGGAGAGAAACCCUACAAAUGUGAAGAAUGUGGCAAAGCUUUUAAAAAAUCCUCAAACCUUACUAAUCAUAAGAUAAUUCAUAUGGGAGAGAAACCCUACAAAUGUGAAGAAUGUGGAAAAGCUUUUAACCAGUCCUCAACUCUUACUAGACAUAAGAGAGUUCAUACUGGAGAGAAACCCUACAAAUGUGAAGAAUGUGGCAAAGCUUAUAACUGGUCCUCAAACCUUACUAAACAUAAGAAAAUUCAUACUGGAGAGACACCCUACAAAUGUGAAGAAUGUGGCAAAGCUUAUAAGUGGGCCUCAAACCUUACUAAACAUAAGAAAAUUCAUACUGGAGAGACACCCUACAAAUGUGAAGAAUGUGGCAAAGCUUUUAACCAAUCUUCAACCCUUACUAUACAUAAGAUAAUUCAUAUUGGAGAAUAACACUACAAAUGUAAAAAAUGUGGCAAACCUUAUAACCAGUACUCAUACUUUACUACACAUAGGAGAAUUCAUGUGGAAGAGAAAUUCUACAAACGUGAAGAAUGUGGCAAAGGCUUUGACUGGUCCUCUACCCUUACUAAAGAUAAAAGAGUUUGACUGGGUGUGGUGGCUCAUGCCUGUAAUCCCAGCACUUUGGGAGGCUGAGGCAGGCAGAUCACCUGGUCAAGAGUUCAAGACCAGCCUGGCCAAUAUGGUGAAACCCCAUCUCUACUAAAAAUAUAAAAAAUUAGCCAGGUGUAGUGGUGCACACCUUUAGUCCCAGCUACUCUGGAGGCCUAGGUAGGAGAAUCGCUUGAACCCAGGAGGUGGAGAUUGCAGUGAGCUGAGAUUGCUCCACUGCACUCCAGCCUGGAUGACAGAGAGAGACUCUAUCUCCAAAAAAAAAAAAAAAAAAAAGGUAAGAGAGUUCAUACUAGAGAGAAACCCUGCAAAUGUGAAGAAUGUGAGAAAGCUCUUAACCAGUCCUCACACCUUACUGCACAUAAGAGAAAUCAUACUGGAAGGAAACCCUACAAAUGUAAAGAAUGUGAGAAAGCUUUUAACUGGUACUCAUGCCUUACUACACAUAAGAUAAUUCAUACUGAAGAGAAACUCUACAAAUGUCAAGAAUGUGGCAAAGCUUUUAACCGG